AGCUGCGGGCAUCCGGAAAACAUCCGGAAUGUAAGAUACGGGCUCUUUGUGGUGCUGCAGACGGAACUAAUCUUGUGGUCUUGUGCGAAGAGCAAACAGCACCGAUGUACCCACGUAACUGGGUGCCGGAGCGUAGAAAGAACAAACACAGCAAAACCCUGCGGGUGAUAAAUUCUGCACCGUGGCAAUCCGUCGCAGUGCUUCCGUUGAAUCCAACCACCCAUUGACCCAAUCUGCAACGCUGUGAGGAGCAGGAUCUUCGGCUAAACGCCGUCCUCUCGGGACCCCGGGGGGGGGGGGGUUAAUGCAAAAGAUCCGUUUAGCGUGUGCCCACGGCCGACAACACAAGAUGAGUGCGACCUACCCGAAGGCACCGAUCGGAAUUCGGUUGAUCAGCUUCCUGUCGGCGAAACUGUGCCCCCGAUGGCAGAUCAACCGAGUGCUGUGGUUCAAAUGUUCCGUCCUGGGUCUCACAUACCUGGCCUACACCUGCUACCACAUGACGCGGAAACCACUCUCGGUGGUCAAAUCGGUGCUCCAUCGAAACUGUACCGGCGUUUCGUUACCGCCCGAGUUUACCGUCGGUCAGUCGACUCGGCUGGUGCCGCACGACUUCACCACCGGCCCGAACCCUACCGAUGGCACCUGGUGUGACUAUCCGCCGUUCGAUGCGCCCGAUUUUAACGCGCUGCUCGGAAAGCUCGAUUCGGCGUUCCUGUUCAGUUACGCGAUCGCCAUGUUCGGGGCCGGGUUCGUGGCAGAGCGUGUCUCGCUGCGCUACUUCCUGGCCCUCGGAAUGGCGCUGUCGGGUCUGUUUUGCUACCUGUUCGGUAUGGCCAAGGUGUACGACAUUCACACGUUCUGGUACUUUAUGGCCGUGCAAGCGGCGGCCGGCAUCUUCCAGACGACCGGCUGGCCCGGCGUCGUCACCAUCGUGGGCCGGUGGUUCGACCGAUCGAAGCGGGGCUUCAUUUUCGGCGUCUGGAACAGCCACACGUCGAUCGGGAACAUAGCGGGCCUGAUGAUUGCGUCCCACUACGUCGAGACGGAUUGGUCCCUGUCGUUCAUCGUGCCCGGGUUCCUGAUGGGGCUGGUCGGGUUUGUGAUGUUUCUGUUUCUGGUCGACGCGCCCGAAGUGGUCGACUGCCAGGAGAAAGUGUGUCCCACCGGCCAGAGAGCCGGUGACCGGGGGCGGCGGGCACGCUUGGAUGGGCUGGUCGACAGCGACGACGAGGAAGAAGUCGCCGUCACCGUGGAACAGGACAAUGCUUCGACGCGAAGCUUGCGCGGUAGCCACCAUUCCUAUGCCGAAAUCAACGAACGCACACCCAUCAUGGGAAGCAUCAAUCGCGCACCGCCGGCCCGCGACAAGGUGAUCGGGUUUAUGGGGGCCCUUAAAAUCCCGGGCGUGGUCGAGUUUUCGCUCAGCCUGUUUUUUGCCAAGCUCGUCAACUACACAUUCCUUUUCUGGCUGCCGUUUUAUAUUCAAUCUUCAACAUCCCUUGGACCGGAAAAGUCUGCCCGCGUGUCGGCGUCGUUCGAUAUUGGCGGUAUUGUCGGUGCGAUAGCGGCCGGUAUGAUUUCCGAUGCGAGCGGCAUGCCGGCCACCACGUGCCACAUUAUGUUGGCAUUAGCAGCACCACUCCUGGUCGUUUACCGUAGCUGGGGCAGUGUUUCGGUGGUACUCAACGUGGUGCUCCUGUUCGUGACCGGUCUGAUGGUUAAUGGUCCGUACGCUCUCAUAACGACGUCGGUCAGUGCCGAGCUUGGCCAACACAGCUCGCUGAACGGAAACAGCCGAGCCCUGGCCACGGUUACGGCCAUCAUCGAUGGAACGGGCUCGAUCGGGGCCGCCGUUGGUCCGCUGCUGGCCGGAAUGCUGGCCGACUGGAGCCACGUGUUCUACAUGCUCGUGAUCUCGGACGUGAUGGCCCUGGUACUAUUGCUGCGCAUCAGCAGCAAGGAGUGCUCACGGCGAAACAUUGCCAACCGCAGCCUUAACGUGCGCAUCGAGUAAAACCAAAAUCAAGUUAGCAAAACGCCGCAGAAACAGCUCUCU